GAUGUUCUUUUUUAAUCUUUUGCCAUAAUACAUCAUUACAAUAAACAAAAGCUAUGAAUUGAAUUUAGAUCCUAUUAGCACCCAAAAAAAGUUAUGUCGCUAAAUCCUUAAGUACAAGGAUAUUAUGGAUUGAAAUCCGUGGCUAAUCCGUUUUAUUAUAGACUUUUCCAUUUUAGCGUAUGCCAUUAAUUUAACUAGUCUUGCAAGAUUUACAAGAUGACCACACUUCUUAUGCAAGAUAUAUUUUUAACUAAUCAAUUUACUCAAACUAUACACUCUCUCCACCUUAAUUGUUAUCCGUUUUUUAGAGUUAAAUUGAUGUUUGAACUUUGUCCUGUGUGAAAUUGGAUAGUAGCAAGUCAGUCAAUAUAUUACCUAUUAGGAAAAUACCUCGAGUUGAGUAUGCUACUGGCAAAAAAUGAGACAAUUCACACUCAAAUAUGCAAUCAUGAACAACUGAAUGGUGAAGAGGACCACAUUUUUAUCAAUUUAAUUCUCUAGAGUCAUCUGGAGAAAACAAAGAACCAAAGCAACAUAAGUUCAUUUGACACCACAAAUUUUGUGGAUAAGGUUUUGGAUCCAAUUGGAUGAUACCCUCAUAGCAUUACCCCUCGUCACAUUUAAAUCUUAACCAAAAGACAAACUUUGGAUCUCUGAAAGAAAAUUAAAACCUUCCAACAAUGGCUUCUCUACCAAGUUCAUCCUCAUUCCUUGGCAACUUAGCCACCACCAUAUCCAACCCGCCUCCGGCGACCACUCGGGGAAAGAUUGUGAUGGUUAAAGCCUCUAAGAUUGAGAAGACUGAGAUAAACAGAAAGGAAGAGAUUAGCAGUGGCAGGAGAGAAUUGGCUUUUGCGUUGCUAGCUUCUGCUGCUGCAAGUUCAUUUGCAAGAAUUGCCAUGGCAGAGGAGGAGCCGAAGCGCGGUACACCAGAGGCAAAGAAGAAGUAUGCCCCAAUUUGUGUCACAAUGCCCACAGCUAGAAUAUGCCACAAGUAAGAAUUUUCAUGUGCUAUGAUGUAUGCAGAACUUAGCAGUACAAAUAAAUAAUAAGAGUGACUAUUUCACUAUUGCUUCAAUCAUGUAAAUGUGAAAUUUCCAAUUUCAAGGUUCACAUCAUGACCACAAAAGUGCUUGGCAAUCUGUACAUGUCAAAGUAGAAAGUAGAAUCGAACACCACCACUUUAGUUGGUCUUUUUCUUUCUUA